GAUUUUUUAACCCCUAGUUUCUUUCUAUCUGUCUCACUUGUUGUAAUAUUCGUUUUUUUUCUUUUUCUGUGCUGGUUUGAAAACAGGAGGAAAUUUACCCCAAAUUAUCUCGUCAAAAAUCACAUUUUGACCUUACCCUUUUUAAAAAUUAUAAUCACCCUCCUCACCACUUGAUCUUUCUUCCACAAUCCCAUAACUUCUUCACUCCUAUAUAAUGACUGUAGUGUUACUCAACUGUCAGAAAAUGCUGUCGUACAAAUCGAUUGUUUACCCAUACUAUGAGUGGAGGGAUUACUACGUACCUGUGGCAGCAUUAUAACAACCGGGUGCUCCGCCCGGAUUGAGAAAUCCCGAAAAUGGGCGUGUACGAUUAUUGCGCAUGCAACUAAAACUGUGCUCAGUAAUGCGCUGCUUAGAGAGUAGCGCUUAGGCCAGUAGGGGAUUUCCCAACAGGAAGUACUUUGAAACGUGAGUAGCUUUCAGCCUGAAAGCUGAAGUAAUUAAUAAUUCAUAAGCACCCUGUUCGAAUAUUACCCUGCGGGAAACACUGCUGUGUAAUGUGUCGCCUCCACCUCUCUUUCCCCACAGUAUCCACGAUAGAAAGAUAUCAUAUUUUGACCAUACUCUUUCUUUUUUAUUAUCACCCUCUUCACCACUUGAUCUUAUUUUACCUGUUUGUUCCAUGUUCUAUCACCUCCACCUCCACAGUAUCCACGACAGAAAGAUCUCAGUACUGGGAUUCUGUGCGGUCAUGCAGUCUCACCUGAGACCAGAGGCUGUCGUAGCCGUGGCUAAAGAGAUUGUGCCUGCUGUUCUAGUCCAACUCGACGGCCUCAAGGACUCUUAUCAGAAGCUGGCAGCAGAGGAGGCCGAUGAUGGAGGAGAGGAGGAGGAGGAGGAGGAGGACGGAGAAAUGGCUGAAGAUGGUGAAGAGAAUGAACUGGAUGAUGAGGAGGACCAUGUGGAUCCCCAUGGAGACCAAUACAUCCAACAGCUAGCUAUGAAGCUGGGAGGAGGAGGAGGAGAAAGUGAGUCAGACGACUCUGAGAUGGCCCAGACUCUGACCGAGAUAGACUAUGAGACAGUCAUUGAUGACGAGGACGUCGUGGACGAGUUCUUGCUCUUCAAAAACACACUCCACACUCGGUCGCAGCAGGAUCCAGAGUGGUACUCUCUACUGAACAGUCGGUUGUCUCGGAGCAGACGUUCAGGUCCAAGAGUUCCUCGCCAUGCGACAUAGAGAGUCGCUGCACAGUCUCGAGCCAUAGAGCAGCAGGGAGGCUACCAGUUCAACAUCAGUGUUGUACCCAACACAUUUGCAUUCGGAGCCGAAGGUCCACCUUCUAACUCAUUUGGUGGACAGUCCUAGCAUUUAUAUGAUUAUUAUAUACCCGGGUCUAAUAAUAUUCAUAGUACCACAAUGUUCUGUUUUGUGCUUUUGUAUUAUAUUAUUUUGUGCCUUGCAGUAGUUUCAAAGGGUA